AUGAUCAUCACCACUGUCAUCUUCCACUGCCUUGGUCUGCACCACCGACCACCUUCACCGAUGCCAUCUUCCACGCCUGAUCUCAGCCAUCUGCAGCCACUCGCAGCAUCAUUCUUCAUGACGACAGAUGCACACACCAAGAACCACAUGCUCCUCAGAGCAUUACCAGUCCUGCCUUCCGCUUCACCUGCCUCUACACGUCGAACUCUCUCGAACGAGCUCCAUUCCGAUAUGCUUCGACGCAUCUACACACCUGCACAGCUCGACGUCAUCAUCUCAACCGCUCUCAUUGUCUUCAGUGGCAUGGACCGGGGCUUGACAAGCCCCCUCCAAAACUCAGGUGGCAACAAGGCAGAGGCGAGGCAGACGGCAAGGACAUUCGCAGAGAACGGAAGCGGAGGGACAUGGAGGGACCGGGAGUUGGAAGGGUUUUUUUAG